UCAGUCAAGAAAGACAGAAAAAUGGAGAAGAAAGAGUUAUGGAUUAACUUGACAGAAGAAGAUUUAACCUUAGAAACAAAGACUCUAAUCUCUUCUCUUCCUUCAGAUGAACCUUACCUCGGUCUAAACCUAUGCAAGUACCAAGGUUCUUGGUAUUACUACAACUUCCUCCAAGGUAUCCUCAAUGUCCAGAGAGGUUUACAGCCUCAAGACACAGAUAUCAUCAUCGCAUCUUUCCCUAAAUCCGGUACCUUAUGGCUCAAGGCACUCACUGUGGCUCUUUUCCAAAGAUCAGAGAACCCUUCCUCUGGUGAUGAUCAUCCUCUUUUAUCCAACAAUCCUCAUGACCUUGUACCGAUUCUUGAGAUGCAUCUGUAUCGCGACACCCAUAAACCUGACUUGACCAAGAUUUCAUCGUCAUCUCAAAGGCUGUUCUCUACUCACAUGCCAUUCCAUACUAUGCAAGAAGCUCUCAAAUACUCUCCUUGCAAGGUAGUGUACAUUUGCAGGGAUGCUAAGGAUUGUAUGGUGUCACGUUGGCGUUUCAUCUGCAGGUGUCUGAACAAAGAGGAGGACAGAAGCAUUCUUGAGUCUAUGUUCGAGUCCUUCUGCAGCGGGGUUGCUUUGUUUGGUCCCUUUUGGGAUCAUAUCCUGAGUUAUUGGAAAGCUAGCUUGGAAAACCCUAAGCAUGUUCUGUUUAUGAAGUACGAUGAAAUGAAAACAGAUCCUCAUGGUCAGCUCAAGAAGCUUGCAGAGUUCUUGGGUUGUCCCUUUUCUGAGGAAGAAGAAAAAGAUGGAUGUGUGGAUGAGAUAUUGGAGAUGUGCUCUCUGCCUACGCUGACAAGUUUGGAGGUUAACAUGACCGGAGAAUCAGUCAAUGGCAUUGAUAACAAGAACCAUUUUCGUAAAGGGAUAGUGGGUGACUGGAAGAAUUAUUUAACUCCAGAAAUGGGGAACAAAAUGGACAUGAUCAUGGAAGAAAAACUCAAAGGUUCUGGCCUCAAGUUCUGAGUUAUAUUCUAAAAUGCAUUGUAAUAAUAAAGUAGCUUGUCUGAUGUAUGGUUCAUGCUUUGGUAUCCAGAGUUAUGUCAUGUGUUGUUUGUGUGUGUGUGUGUUUUCCCCUGGGUGUUGUUUGUGUUCUUUAAUAAAACGUACAUUUCUAUAGUAGGACCGGUUUUGAAGUCCUCAGUUCUAUAAUGACCCCGUCAAAAUCAAAGUAAA